AUUGGGAAGUUUAUUGGCGAAUCGUCUGAUUUAACAAUUUGAUCACUGGGCGGAAAUUAAAAGCAAAAUCAUUCAAUAUGAAUUUGUUAUCGAUUUAACUUCUACUUCUAAGGAAAGAAAAUGUAAUUAUCAAGUUUAAAAUAACAAGAUAACACUCUUGAAGUACACAACAUUGUAUACCCACAAUGACUGAUCAAGGCUUUUCAAGUGAUUUUUUUAUCGACUCAAACUUUGCCAUGAAGCCGGAGCCAGACUCAUUGGGUUUGGAUUCAUUAUUACACACUGCAAGUGUACCUAUUCCAACAAGAAGGGCUAUGGAUAUGUCCGAACUAAGAGAUUUUGAAUUGGAGGCCAAUAAUAGAUCAUCAAGCAGUAACAUGGAUAUGUUUCAAGAAAUUAACUCACCUAAUCCUAUUAUAUACUCCGGAAAUGCACUCUGGGGGACUAAAAUAGCAGGACCUGAUUCAGAUCCCAUAAAAAUGGAAGAUGAUGAUAUUUUCCAAGUAGAUAAGUCAGAUCUGAUUCAAGGACCUACACUCGCUGAGCUCAAUGCCAAUGAUGAAACUCUUGGACUAAAUGAUUUGGACGAUUUGAAUUUUGAUGAACUCCUUUUGCCAGAUGAAAAUGUGUACAAUCAAAUACCUCAACAGCCAUUGAGUACAAGAGUCAGCCCUUCUUUGUUGGUAACCAAUUCAACACCGACAGUUAUGGGACAGAAUUGUGCCUCUUCUUUUCCUCCUGAUGGAAUAGGAUUUUAUAAAGAUUCAUUUUCAUCCAGUGUACCUUCCAAUCCAUUUAGUUGUACACCCAUUUACCAGAAGAACUUAUCUCCUUCUAGUCACCACAGUUCUAGCUCAUCACUUCAGGUCCAUUCAGCUCCGUCGUCGGGCACCCCUCCUCCCAAGCCCAUUAGUCCUCUACAGCAUAAACACAGUACUUUGCACGAAUUGUUGAUGAAGAAGGAGAUGAGUUCCCCUCUAGGCCAGUCUGUCCCAGGGCCAUCAUCUAGUAUGGGAGGAGUGAUUCGCAACCCAAGGUAUUCACAGUCUCGCCUCUCCUCCUCUGCUCCCACUCACCUCGGUCUUGAGCAGAUUUGGCAACGCAGAGAACCUCGUCCUCACCUGUUGUCUACUAGCUCCUUGGCGGAGGGUGGCUCUACGUCAUCACUUUCUACUGGUGGCGUAUUGAGUCCUGAAUCUCAUGACUUUUCACUUGAUGAAAGUUUCGACUCUGAAGACGACAGCGAUCAUUAUGAUGAAUUUUCAUCAGACGCAGAGUCAAUGAGCGAUGGUGAAUCAGUGCCUCGAUCUCACUCCAAGAAGGAAAGGUAUUUUUGGCAGUACAAUGUGCAGGCCAAGGGACCGAAGGGCCAGCGUCUGGUGCUCACAUCUCGUCUAGAGGAUCCUCAUUGUCUUAACCAGAUCACAGACCCUGUCUUUAGUCCUCAGUGUUCCGUUCAGGGGAUAAAACACAGUGGAAAGGCACGAAAAGGAGAUGGUAACGAUUUGACUCCUAACCCUCGAAAACUUCAAGCAAUUGGCAGAGAGUUAGAUAAACUCACACGGACUAUAAAUGACAUGACUCCAGUCAGUGAGCUACCAUUUAAUGUUCGACCCAAAAGUAGAAAGGAAAAAAAUAAACUGGCAUCAAGGGCUUGUAGAUUAAAGAAGAAAGCCCAACACGAAGCCAACAAAAUAAAACUUCAUGGUCUUGAAACUGAGCACAAGCGAUUACUGACGGGAAUUCAUCAAAUGAAGCAAGUACUAGUGGCGAGGUGUGUCAAUGAGCAAGCUGACCCCACGGAACUGGCCAAGACCUCUGAAAAAAUUGUUAAAGCUGCUACAAAAGUGAAGGUGGCUGGACACACAACAGAGUUUGUCAACAAAGUAUUGGACAAAGUGAAGCAAGGCACAGCGAAUGGAGGUUUGGAUGACCUUUAAAGGAUUUAUUUAUACACUUAUUUUUCAUUAUGAUUAUGAAUUAAUUGUUAUUUUAAGUUAAAUAUUUGUAAUGGUUUUUUCAGGAAAAUAGAUCUUACAUAUAGAUAUCUAUAUAUUUUUAUGGAAUACUUGUUGAUUUUUGGUUGUUUUACAUUUGUAUUGUAAAACAAAAUUAUUUAUGCCUAGAUAUUGACGUGUACAAAAUUUCAAGGUUUUGUAUAUAAUUUACAAACAGAUUUUUUUUCAUACAUUGUAAUUUCUGUAGAGAAAUCGUUUCAUAUCACAAGUUAUUCUGAGAGCAACUUACAAUAAAAAGGAUCAAAAUUUAAUCAUUUUAAAACUUAAAAUUUGUACCUUUUUUAAUGUUCAUGACCAAGUGCUCAUUAUUUGAGAGAUGCUGCAAAGGUUAAAUGCUUCUUUUAAAAUUUAUAUUCUUCAAAUAUUCAUUAUAGUCAACACAUUAUUCAAUUCAAUAAGUUUUAACUUGGAUUACUUACGCUGAUUUAAUACAAUUAUUUGUGGGAUUGUAUAGGUUGCCUUGUGGUAUUUAACGAUUUCAUGUGUAUGCCUUUAGUUCCUUGCCUUUUUAACUUUCUGUGAUGGUUUUCGUGAAUAUAAAUAAUCCCUAUGUUAAAUGUUUGUGUGUUUGGGUGUUCAUUGUUUGCUUAUGAGUGUGUUGUUCUACUGUGCAAGUGUAAACAUUCACUAAGGAUACUAAAACAAACUUCUCAUGCAUACCUGAUGUUUGAUACCUACUGUGACUCCCCUUACACUUACAUAAGGAUUGCCCAUCCUUUGGCACUCUACUUUAAUUAGUAAUCAAUGCAAACAUUAGUGUUAUUGGAAGAGAUGAGAUAACACAUUCCCAUCAGAUCUUAUAAAACAAUAUAAAUCUUUCUUUGGUAUCCUUAGUCAAUGAUAUAACAAUUACAGUACUCUAAGAUAUUCACCUCAAUUGAGUUGUGUUGAUGUUUUUUAUGUCUUGACCAAAAGCUGAAAGCAUUUGUACAAUAUUAUGAUAAUAUGAUAUAAUUACUUUUAGUUAUAAGUUAAAAUAUUGCAUAGUUUUAGUUGGAUAGUUAAUCUUUAAAACAAAUUAUACUUAUUAUAAUAUUAGUCCUGUAAUUAUUUAAUAAUUGUUGUAAUUUUUUCUUGAUGUAUUUACGUACAAUAUAACUCUUAUUGAAUGCUACAUAACUCACAAUGUGUAAUAAUUACACAAUUUAUAAAAAGUAAAUUUACAGUCUGUAAUAAUUGAAAAUGCAUUUCAUCCUUUAAAAAUACUGUAUACAAAAUGUAAAGACAGGGCAGCUAUUGGGAAGGAAACGCCAAUGGAAACGGAUUUUGUGGUUUCAGUUGUAAUUAAAUAACCUAAAUAUCCCCAUAAACUCAACCUAUGCCGACCUUUAAUUAUUACCUUGAGAUGUUAUAUUUACAUAAAAAGUAUUUUUGUUUCCUAACUUUGUUUUUCAAAUACCCUAUGAAAAAAAUACAGUUCAUCACACAAAAAGUGUCUUUUCAACCCUCCCUCAUUUCCCGAUUUCAGAUUCGCUCGGUCAUUAAACAGCUCGGUUCAAAAAGAGUCACUUUACACCAUAGUGAUGAAAUAUACUUUAUUUCACAUAAUUUUUGCUGUUAUUCCCAAAUAGGUUUAAUUUUAAUUCUUUUCAGUCAUUAUAUAAAACUGAUAGAUAGUAAAGCCUUAAUCAAAGCAUUUUACUAUGUGUUGUAUGUAAUAGAAUAUAUUUUAAAGAUUGCUUUGAGAACAAUUCAAGAUUGCAUUGUGGUAGGUGCUGUAACUAGCCGAAUGACUAACCUGUUUGAGAUAUGGAAGAGCCUUAAAUCAAUAAGAGCACAAUAUUUGUAACAUAAAUACAGUUUUAAAUGCACUUAAAACUACAGUUGUUAUAUUUUUCAAAACCUUGCUAUUUGCUUUGUUAGUUUUAGCAUAGACAAAAAGAACUAAGUAUAGGCAGUCAGCAGUGCUGCGGUUAGUGUAAGUUCUGGCGUUCACCGCUGCGAGCGCCGUGUAGUUGCGACGCACAAGAUACGUAACUACACGGCGCUCGCAGUGGUGAAUGCCAAAACAUAUGCUAACCGCAGCACUGCUGAUGGUCUAUAUUUAAUUCUAUUUGUCUAUGGUUUUAGAUACAGAUUUGAAUAUGUAAUAACUUAUUACUACUACCAUAUGAGUUACAAUAUUUUUGCUAGUUGUGAAUGGACUCUGCUUGAAAACCAAGUUUUUAUAUUGUUGUGUGGUAAUUAACACUAAUGUAGUGUCUUAUGCUAGUACAUAAAACCACUUAUUAUAAAGAAUAUUAUUUUUAUAAUCCCUUAUGGAAGAUACUUGUAAUAUAUUCUCCUCUUUGACAUAAACUAUCUAUCUUGGCUCAUCAACACAGUGUCUUGGCUAUUUUUCUACAAAAAGAUGAUUUAACUUCUGGACUACCGGUACAGUAGUUUUCACAACCAUGCUUAAUUAUCAGGUUUCAAUAGUAGUAUUAACAUUGUAUUCAUAGUAUUACUUUUAAGGAUCUAAUGUUGUGAGUGAGCCACAGUUGCUGUGGUUGUUUCUAGAUGUGUACAUUCAUACAGUAGUCAUAAUGUUAGUGAAAGCUGCUCAAUUAAUAUAGUCACUGAAUCUAUAAAGCCUGAUUAAAACUUACCAUCUUUUGUUCUCAUGAUUGCUACAACAGUCAGUUGGUAGAUGUUAAUUGGUCUGAAGGGAUUAUUGCAUGGCUCCUUUUCUGACCAACAGAUAACAAUGUCCUUAUCUUACCAAACUAUGUUACCGAGCCAGAUUACCACAUAAUUCAUCUCGCAAAUGCAAAAUAUGUAAAAUCUUUACUUAAUUUAAGUAAAUCAUGUACAAAGAGCACACUCAAUUGGCCUUUAAUUUGUUAACCAUUUAUAAUGUCGUUUUUUUUAUUAAUAGAACUGUGUAUUUUUAAUUGGACACACUGGUUAUCAGUUUUGGUAAAUCAAAAUUGAAUGGAUCUUUUAUAAAAAAAAAAUAAAGUAAUCAUAAUCACUCAAUUCAUCCAAAUUUUAGAACCAAUUAGAGAUUUACCAAGGUUUCCUUGCUAUAAACCAUCCUGCUUAAUCAGCUGAUAUGAAUAUGGUUACUGUUAACAAAUUGUUUGUAUGAAUGGAAUGGUCUUCGUUCAUUCUCAUACGUGACUUCAGAGCGUACUCCUAGUUUGUAUAAUUGGUAUGUAACAUAGUUAAUAACACCUAACUUUUUUGUUCCAUCCAUUAAAAGGUUAUACCAGGGGGCUUACCCUUCAUUGAUGUAUCAGCCGAUAGUGAAUGUGUUAAACUUGCGGUUUCUAUCAAACGUAAUAAACUAAUUCAUUUAGUACCUUUAGGAUUUUUAUUAUGUUUAAGCAUAUUUUAGAUUAAUAGGUAGUAAAGCCUAAGGAAAAUACACCAUGGUAAAAAAAAUACUAGUUUUUGAUUUGGCCUAAUAUGUAGACACUACUAGUUAAAAAACAACAUUAUUUUUAUACAUAUCAUGUAUAUUGCAUUAAUAUUCAAUGGAGUAAUGUCAGGCGUUUUACUUGUUUUGGAAAUCAACUUGAGCCUAAAACUAUUUCUUAGCUUUAGGAAAGAUAAUUAUUUUGUGAACUGAAAAUAUUAUUUCUUGUUUAAGUAUAAGUAACGUUACUAAAGCUGUUGUUGGUUGGUAAAGUUUUUAGACUACUGUUUGAUCGAAUGAAAUAAUAUUUUAACGUUUCAAUAAUGAAAUACCGGGUCAAUCAAUAUAUAUAUAUAUAUGGGAAUAUGAUGGUGAGUUUUGUAAUUGUUGUUUUCUUAACUUCUGAGGGUUUAUAAUGUUGGAUAAACAAAUAUUUGCUCAAACAUUUGUUAUAAUACUACUGCAUAUUAUAUGAUUAGAUGAGUUUCCUCUUAUAGUUCCAAACACAUAGGCUGCAAACCAAGUAUAAAGACAAUAUAUACAUUUAAGUUUAUUAAGAAAUUGUGCACUAACUAAAAGUUGUGUAUCAAUAUGAUUGAAUUUAUGUUAAGCCUAUUUCAAUAGUGUUGUAUUGAAACAAGUUGAUUUUGCCUAAUCUCUGCAUUGCUAACUUUGAUUUUUUUAAGUAAUUCCUCUUGAAUGGUAUCUGUAUUGGCUACUAAAACUCAGUAGAAAGUUAAGUUUAUCAUUAAUUAUUACAAGUAUAUUUUCUAUAGUGAUGUGUCGAUACCAAAAUGUAUCAAUUCUCGAUACCGAUCCCAUUUUUUGCUUUAUACCAAAUUUUCUGAAUGGAUUGGUUAUACUACACCAACUCCUGUUUUUAUGUCCCUCCAUGAAGUAUUUUUGUGGUAAUGGGGUGUUUUUCAAGUAAAGAAAAAUCUAUGCAGCAAUGAUAUAUUCCAACUAGCCAAUUUGUCAAACCCUUAACAAAUUAAAAAGUACUAUAUGGAUAAAUGAAGAUCUAACAGUAAACAAAUAUAAACAAAUGUAAAUUGGUUUAAAAUAAAGUUUUUUUCACAGUUUGAAUUUAAUUAAUGCAGUUUAUGAAACAAAAAUAAAAUGAUAUUAUAGAGGUGUGCUAGUCUGUCAUUUUCAGUCAAGCCAAACUCGAUGUAAUAUCAUCGCCAGCGGUCGUGGAGACAUCAUCUCCAUCUUUGGCAUCACUGCAAAUUCCAAAAUAUCUUCCUCAAUUACGGACACAUCAUCACGUAUUUGUGGUCGCUGAAAAAUCAUGAACACCUCCUGCAGCCGUGUGGACAUCAUCAUCAACUCCCGCGGUCACAAAAAUGUCAUCGUCGUCUUUCAUUCGCGGCAAAAUAAUUUAACAUCACCCGUGGCCGUGUAAAGAUCGUCAUUGACUCUUGCUGUCACGGAAACAUCAUCAUCAUCGUCGUCUUUCGCAGUCACAGAAACGGGAUGUUCGUCUUCCGCGAUCACGGCGAAAUCAUGAACGUUCCACGGUCGUGUAGACACCAUCAUUGACUCCUGCGAUCAUGGAAACGUCAUCUUCAUCUUCUGCGACCGCUGAAAAAUCGUACCCUGCAGUCAAGUAAAACUCGUGAACAUUUGCCGCGGCCGUCUAGAUGUCUUCGUCAUCUCACGUGGUCACGGAAACAUUGUCUUUGUCUUGCACCUUCGCGGUAAUUUUCUGAUUGCGCGGGCGUGUCGGGUAUCAUAUCGGAAUCGUCUUUUGAAAAUCGAUUCUAGAUACCGAUAGCAACGUCCAAGUAUUGGUGGUUCGAGAAUCGGUAUCAUGAAUCGACACAUCCCUAAUUUUCUAAAACAAUUAUUCAUAAUACUGAUCAAUUUUACUGUUUCUUUUAGAUACAGGAUUUAAAGUAACUGGUUAAAUUACCAAUAACAAAUGUACCUAAGUUGAUUUAAAAUAAAGUUUUUCCUACAGUUACCUAACAAUGUACAUGUUCUCUCACUGAUUUGAGAAAGCAAAGUGGCCAAUUCGCUCAUCAGUGAGACAAUGUUAACAUUGUCUCACUCUAAUUACUUUGUCUCACUCCAGAUUUUCAACGUGAAGGCACGAAAUAGUGAGCGCGUAACAUGCAGGCAACGUCGUAUGCGCGAGAAAUAUGUUGGCAGCACUGGCUGUAAAUCAGCUGGUCAGCUGUUGUACUGUUGCAUUUGUCACUUCAAAUUAAAUGUUAUAUUAAAAGUUCACUUCUGUGUAAAAAUAGGUUAUGUUUCUUCACCAAUUUAUUUAUUUUAUGGUAACUGUAGGAAAAGUAUAAUGAGCAACUCGAGUUCAAAGUACAAUUGCCUCACUCGAGAAACCAUUCCUCACUCGCCUACGGCUCGUGAGUAAGGAUUUCUCUCGAGUGAGUCAAUUGCUCACUUUUCCCACUAGUUGCACAAAUAACUAUUUUUUCACAGUUUGAAUUUAAUUAAUGCAGUUUAUGAAACAAAAAGAAUAUCACACAGCAUUUGCCUUCUCUCCACUUGUAUUACAUAGUUAGUAAACUGAAACUCUUUCAUCGAACAACAGAGUGGUAGAUUAUAUUUAUUUUGUUUAAAUAUUUUUGUAUGAAUCACAUUAAGCUAUUAUUAAUAACAUGUAGCCUAUUAUGGUUUUAUGAUGGAUGUACAUUAUAGUAUUUUGUACAUAGGCUAACAUUUACCAGUCACUAUGUGAAGAAUUCAAUUUGGUAUUUAGCUGCGCCAGCUAUUUUAGUGUUAUUUGUACCAUAAGAAUGCAUUGUUAUUUGUUAUAUAUGUACAUAUAUAUUAUAUGUUAUAGAAAGGUGAUUGAUUAACUUGCUGUUUAGACGGUUGUAAAUCAGCUUAAGGUAAUGGUAUGGAAACAUUACAUUUAUCUGUAAUUCCUUCCUGUAAGAUUGACAAAUGAAUGUUUAUCAAUUGAGAUUUUGACUGUGUGAUAUUUUGCAUCAAAAAUUCUCUUUUUACAAUUCCCUCCGAUUAAAGCCCUGAUACAACUAACUAUGCCUGCUAUAGUAAACACACCUUGAGACAAAAGAACUAUACAACAAAGAACUAUAGCCUACUAUACAUUAAUUGUCAUUUUAAAUACUAAUGCAAUUUUAAAACACAAAUUUGAAUAUUUUUGUUAGUAAAUCAAGAUACUAUCUCAUAUACUGAUAAGGGAUUGAUUUUCAGUGUAUGACUGCAACAACAAUAUCUGAAUUGUUUUAAUACCUCCAUAAUUUGUAGCCAAUUAUUCCUUGGAGAGAGUGACACAAGUGAUGUGUUAUAGUGUUUAAUAGUAUUCAAUGUAUGUUUCUGUUUCCGAUAACAUGAGGCUUUAUAUAUCACAGGUUGAUGUAGCGUACUAGAAUGGAAGAAACUGAUACUAUUUUUGUGCAAAUUCAUAUCUUACUGAAGUUUUUUGGAGUUUAGUUGUUAAAUUUUCUAUACAAAUUGAAGGACAUAAAAAUGAGCUAUGGAUUGUUAAGCUUAUUAAUUCACUACUAACUCGACUACCUUACACCUAAAUUUUGAAAAUACCGUACAUUUAACUGUUCUAUUUCAACAAAAUAUACUAUAAACAAUAAACAUAUUACUAAGAUUUCAUUGACUAAUAAGGGGAUAUCUUCAUUGAAAUGUCUUAAUAAAAAUGGCAAAGCAUAGAGAAUUAUUUGUGACAUUCUUAAGGAAUCACAAUCAAUUUAAUAGUAUCACUAUUAUUGUUUUGUUAAUACUAUUAUUAAAAUGUGCCUAGAUUUAUAUGCCUGUUAAAUUAUUCAGAUUUAAGGAUCUUUUAAAGCUUUUAUUCAAAGUAAGUUUUUGUACUUUCCUAAAAAACCAAAAUACUUGACAGCAAACAUGAGUUAUAACAAAAGGUGUAUCAACUGUACUUUCACUUGCCAGGUACAGGGAUUGUCUAGUUUCCUCAAUGAUAUAUUCUUGGUUAGAAGAACAAAAUUACUGUAUAAGUAGUCCUGAGAGAUUGAAAAACAUUCUCUCUCCAGGCCAAACAUUAACUUGGAUGCUAUCAAGUAUUGUUCGGGUAAUAUUGACAAUUGUAUUCUUCUGUAACUAUUUUGUUGGCCUACAUGAAAAAUGAAAGUGAGUGAUGCAGUGCUGCAGAGCAGUUUUACUUAUAAAGACACAAUGACUUUGCAUUACAGUAAGAAGUGUACAAGUGACGGGUUGGUAUUUCAUUGUUGGUCAGCUGAUUAAAAGCUGUAAGUUGAUGUGUUCAGAAUGUGAUAUUAUUUAGUCAUAGGUUAGACCGUCUCUGUUGCAUUAAUGUUGCUUUCUUCCAUGUUUGUAAUAACAAACAGUUACCAUUGCUCUGGCUAAUAUUGUUUCAUGUCAUAAUUUAUAUAAAAUGUUUAAAAUCCUA